AUGGAAGCCAGCAAGGGGCCUGACUUGGGACUGUGAAGAGACCUUUGCACGCUGAUUCAGAGGAAUGAGGUAGCGGUGUUUAGGAGACAUGUGCUGGAGGUAAAGAUUUGUGUGGAAAGGAUGGAGGAGAGGGAGAAGGGGUUCGUGAAGUGUGUCUUUGAGAAGGAGAAGAGGGAACUGAUGAAGGUGGUGAAGCUGUGAGGGUUGCUGAAGGGGCUUGUGGAGGUGAUAGGUGUUAAGAAUCUAGGAAAUAAAAAGGAAGAGGCUUCUAUUGAGCCGUUCUUGGCUGAUGAUUUCUAUACUCUUUUGAAAGCUAAAGAUGAUGAAAUCGUUGAUGAUGAACUAGAAGAUACAGAAUAUUUAUAUGACGGUCAUACUUUGGAGACUCUCAGCAUUUUGGAACAGAAUUUUGAUGAGGAAUCUCACUGGCAUCUUCCUGAAGAUAUUUUGAAAACCCUCAAUGCUCGGAGACUAUCUGAAGAUACGACAAGAUAUUUGUCUGAAGUUAAGCUUGAAUCCUGCAAAUAUAAUCCGUUUGAAGAAAGCAAGAUACUUGAAGAAAGCAAGGCUCUAAAUUCAAACAAACAAAGCCAACUAAAUCAUUAUGCAGUUCCAUGCAAAGGCCAAUCACCCAAGAUUGCUCUCAUGAUAGUUCCAUAGAUGCUAAAAAUAUCAGAAACCAUCUUGACAAGAUGGAGAGCUCGCCCAAUGCAAUAAUAAGAUGACUGUUGAAAUGCGUCAAAAAAAUCGAAAUAAAGAAGAAAAGAAAGUCAAAAUUCAAAAUAAUAGAGACAGCUCUUCCAACUCUUGCUCUCAAGGGAUCUCAGCUAAAGUUAAGACUACCCAUUUUUAAUUGUUUCUUUUCCUAUAAAGCUCCCUCAAAACGCUCAUCAUUCAAAAAUCAAGACCAAAGAUCACAACAAAAAUCCCGAACCAAAGCAAAAUUCCUUUUCCAAAUAAUUAUAAACCCCCCAAUCCUCUCCACCAUAUCCCUCCUCUCAAUCCCCCAUCUCCCCUCU